AUGCCAUUAGACUCACGGCGUAGGCCGAACAUUCUAAUUACUGGUACACCUGGUACUGGGAAAUCAACACUGGGUCAAGAUUUGGCGGAUCGACUCCAGUUUGACUUUAUUGAGGUUGGGAAGGAAGUACGAGAACACGGCCUUGUUGGAGAAUUUGAUCCGCAGUAUCACUGCCAUGUGCUGGACGAAGAAAAGUUGUUGGAUCAUUUAGAGGAUCGAAUGAACAGUGCAUCUGGCGGUGUGAUUGUGGACUAUCAUGGUGUUGAUUUCUUUCCUGAGAGGUGGUUCGACUUCGUCAUUGUGUUACGAUGUUCAAAUACAUUGUUAUAUGACCGUCUUGCACAAAGAGGGUACGAACCAACCAAGAUAAGAGAGAAUAUAGAGUGCGAAAUCUUCGGUUCUUUACUCGAAGAGGCACGGGAAUCCUAUCAAGAAGGUAUUAUUCAUGAACUCCAGUCGGAAACGGUGGAUCAAAUGCACAGUAAUGUUGACUUUAUUUGUCGGCUUGUAGAAGAAUGGCAAUCGAACCAUUAA